AUGGGGACAGACGCCCAUCCUGGAGGGUCUCGGAGGCCAGGAGGAGCCGCAGAAGGCAGCAGGGGCCCAGGGAGGGUGGAUGCAAGGGGCGAGGUUACAGGCAGAAGGACCGGUUUGGACAGGAAGCGGUGGCCGGAGUCCACGCCAGAGACCAGAGAUGAUGACCAGGUUGGCCUGGGCAGCAGAAACAGGCCUCAGCGGCUGCCCAGUGCAGCUGUGAGGGACAGGAAGUUCCCUGAACCCUGCUCAGUUCUGGCUGGCGGGACCCAACUGACGCCGUGGGGGUUGGGGUCGAAGGUGGAGUUUGUUUGCUAUUUUGCACAACUGACCUGCCUGCUUGCGUCAUCUGAACGCCAAGUUCUGCUCACAGAGGAAGUGAGAGGUGUCCGAUUCGGUCAUGCAGAACGCAGCUGGGCUGCCCCGCGGGAGAGGCACUCAGCUGCGCCGAGGGAGGUGUCACCGUGCCCGGUCCCGGCUGAGUCACCGCAGAUGCAGCUCCUGCGUCGACAGGGCCAUGCCAUUGCCCGCGGAGCUGGGGCACUCACUCGGGUCAUGUCUGCACCCUCCUGGAGCCCACAUUCAAAGGGAAAGGGAAGGAGACGGGAAGAGAGAAAUGAAGCACAAAGCAGGACCGUGUGCAGCGCCAGUGCUCACGCGCCUGGGUCGUCUGGACCUUGCUCACUAAUCUAGGCUGUGGGGUCCAAAGAGCUGCAGCUGGGGGGCCCUCUUUAAUAAAAAGAAUAC